CCAGCGAAAAUGUCGACCGACGAUACGGAACUGAAGGAAACAAAUAUUUCUGAGCAAGGUGACGAAGCUGCAAUAGAUAAAAAACUGACAGAACACGAUGAAGUACCCGAAAACAAAGAACAGCAUCCACAGGCCGGACCAUCUAGCCCUGUAUCUGAAACGAAAUCCAAAAUUGAUGUAUUGUUAAAGCCAGCUGGUGAUGCCCCGAUCAUGAAAAAAAAGAGAUGGGCUGUAGAAAGAAACAAGAAAGUGAACUGGAUCAGUGAAUUCAUCAAGAAAUAUCUUAAACUGGACCCAAAGGAAUCUAUGUUUCUGUAUGUUCAUCAGUCAUUUGCUCCUUCACCUGACACUGAGAUAGGCACAGUAUUUGAUUGUUUUGGUAGUGAUGGGAAACUAGUGGUACACUAUUGUAGGACCCAAGCAUGGGGAUGAUAUGUCUGAAAGGCAAGAGUUCAGCUGAUAUUCCAGUUGAUGUCACAGAAAAUUUAUUUGAAAAAAAAAACAUGACAGACUGUGAAAUAGGUAUUAAGCAUGUGAGCCAAGUGCGACAAAUUUUCUGCAUGUUUUUCAUAUAUUCUAUUUCUGUUGUUAUCACCAUUGCAAAAAUAACUGGAAUUAAUUUUGUUUAGUUUUACUAAUAAUUAUGGAGAAAUCUUGAAAGCAGAACAAGGCAUCACAAAGAAUGAAAAUCUUCCCUAUAGACUUAUGUGGAAUAAAGAAGAUGGCCAAGGGUGUUAAGUUUCAUCAAAUUCCUUCAAGGAAUGAAACCACAAAAGUGCUAACAAGGAUUUUAAAAAAAAACAAUAAUAAUGACCAUAGCCUUACAAUCCAGAAACUUGAAUUUGUCUGUGAUAUUAUGGUCAUUCAUAUAUGAAUGAGAAGUUUCAUCUAAAUCCCUUCAGGAGUAAAGGCCACUGGAGUGCUGACAAAGAUAAGUGUUAUGUAACAUACAGAACUGCCAUAUAUCCUCUCCCCCCAUUCUUCAUCAGGGGAUAAAAUUCAGUUUUAAGGAAUUGCUUUCCAAUGUCAUUUAAUUGAUUGUUUGUGAUCAACAUUAUACAAAAUGUAUUUUACUGCCUCCACUGAUAUCAAUUAUAAUUUGUUUUAUUUUCUCAGAGUUAAUGACAGAAAAAUCAGAAUAAAUAAGUGAAAAUAACUUUUAAAAGAUGAAUGUUUCUAUCUGCAAUUUCAAAAAAUAUAUCAACUAAGAUAGAACAUGCUAAUGGAAAGAUUUUCAAAGGAGCAAAAAAAGCUUAAUAUAUCUACUUAAUUAUCAGGAAUUUUCUAUAAACAUCUCUGUAGACAGAAAGCAAACACUAAUUGUGAGUAGAUUUACAGAAGGUAUUGAUAAACAAUUGAAAAAUAGAAUGGAGUUUGAUAAGAAUGUAUGCUGAACUUGUAAAUUAUUGUUUCUUUUCAUUUUUGAGAGGAAUUAAAAGAUUGUCUGUUCUUAAGUGAAGGAUGGAUAUGCUUGAAAUACUGUGAUAUUAUAUAUAUAUGAGAGAGAUAGGAUUGUUAGAGGUGAAAGUGUAUGGAUGUGUUUUUCUUUUAGAGUCUGGCUUUAGUGUUGAGCCAGUGUGUUUAAAAGACUUCUUGUGUCAGAGACAGGCCUGUGAUUUAAUGAAUAAGAAAACGAUGGAAAUUUUUUUUUCAAAAGACACCAAUUCAUCCAUUGAAUUCAGGAAUGACUCAAAAUGUCUUUACUCAUGACAAUGGCAGUCCAUUUAUUCUCUAACAUCUACCCUACAAACAUAUAUUAUUUUGCCAUCUGUAUACUGGGUGGAUACAAUUCAGUCAAUUUUAUCAUUGAUAAAUCAUUCAAAAUUUUUUUUGCCUUUGUUCCGGACCACUGCAUCUGAUUCAGUAGUAAAGGAUCAUGUGAUUUAUUUAAGUUUUGUGUGUGUAAAUUAUGAAAUGUAUGAUUUGGUUUCACUGCAGAAAGUUUUGUUGUACACCAUAAAUGUUUCCCAUAAAUUUCAUUUGUUUGUGACACAGGUGUGAGAAAGUAAUAUUCCGCCCUUUAGCAAUACAGAGUUUUCAGCUGUUGUGAGCAGGUAGUUGUUUCUUUAUGAGAGUAAUAUCAUAAUUUUUUUUUUUAAUUGACACAAUUAUCUCUUAAAUUAAUAAGAACAGUCAAUAUCUGCUCACAAGAGCAGAUAUCUCUGCAUCACAAAAAGACAGAUUAUUGUUGUUGAGAGAAAAUGUACAAAUCUUAAACAAUAAAAACAAAUUUAUGUCCAAAAUUAA